AUGGACGUAAUAAAAAACAGAAUAAAAGAAGCAGGAGAUUCAAAGAAUAGAGAAAAAAGAGAAGAGAGCAGACUACAUCAACCAAAAAAAAAAAAAGGAAAACCACAAAAACAGACACUAGUGCAAGGAACCAAAACCUUAUACAAAGUGCCUUUGCCAAGUUCUGCCAAGUUAUCGUUUAAUUGCGUAACAAUGGCUCAAAAUAGAUACACGCACGAUUUCCACCGUAGACCAUGGACUUACAACACUGAAUCCUAUCAACUAGAAGAACUGGAUAGCGACAGUCAAGAAUACAACAGAAUAAAGGAUUCGUUCCAAGCGACACUUCCAAACGGAGAUAUCACAAAGAUUGAACGUGUUCAAAAUAGGCAUUUGCGAGCAAAAUUUAAUAGGCAAAAUGAAUACAUGAGAAGAACUUUUAACAAUGCUGAGCACCAACUCUUUCAUGGAACUACACGCCAGAACGCUGAAGACAUUUGUCGAAAUAAUUUUAAUAUCGAAUUUAGCGGAAGGCGAAAUGGUGCCGCUUAUGGCCGAGGGGCUUAUUUUGCAAGCACAGCAGGUUAUUCUGAUAACUACGCAACAGCCGACAGAUGGAAUCACAAGAGGAUGUUUUUAGCCCGAGUUCUUGCUGGCAAUUACACCGUUGGAGAAAGCUACAUGAGAAGACCACCACAUAAUUAUGAUUCUUGCGUCAAUGAUACAAGAAAUCCAACUAUUUUUGUGAUUUCUAAUAACGACCAAAUAUAUCCGGAAUAUCUGAUAACAUAUUCAACAUACAGUGUCAUGGUACCCAGUGUCAUCAGUCACACUCGUCCGCAGGCUGCUGAAGAUAUCGUCGCUGGCAUAAUAAUAGCAACAGUGGCAGCAGCAGCAUGUAAUGUAAUGUAG